AUGGCAGGCUGUAGGCCAACCCAGUCUCAUGAACUAUAUGUUCCCAUCUCAACAUUUUGCUACACAGCCUGCUAAUGUACCUUUCCUCAUGUGUUUCCCUGCAGAUCCCAGUGAGAGUGUCUCCAUCAUGAGGCUGGUGUGGAAGUCCCUGGACAAGAUGAGGUGUUUCCGUAAACGCUCCACCAUCCCCUUCCUGGGGGUCCUGAUCACAUGUCUACUCUUCCUCAAUCUGUACAUUGAGGAUGGAUAUGUGCUGGUGAGUGUUUAUCUACGGCAUCCAGAUUAGGACGUUUUGUCUGAAUGCUGACAAAUUCCUUAAAUGGAUGCCAUAUCAUUCACUUAAAGGGGCAAUCCGAAAUUGAAACCAAUAACAAAGUGCAACCUCCGCCCCUGUUUUGGGAAAAAGCUGAGGGAUGGGGCUGGAGCAAUGUAACCACUCUCAAAUCCAUUGACAGAGCUAUGGAUGCAACGACUCACCAUCCAAAAGUAUAUUUUGAACCAUGUUUUGAGGGGUAUAUAGUGUUUGUUUACAUUGGAGUAAAAGAGGCUUAUAUUUUUGGUUCUGAUGGGGUACGACAGUUAAACUAAGUUAAUGAUAAGCCAUUAGUAGGUUAUAUUCUUUAAGAAUCAAUGGCUACAUAUCAUUAAUUUAUAAGUCCAAAAAUGUAUGUAGCAACUGCCGAUUGCCCCUUUAAGUCAUCCAAUCUCAAAUAAAUGGAGGAGACAGGCACCAUCUAAAAAUAUUGAAUUAGAUGGUGCCUAUCUUUCACAUACAAUUGGAAUUGAGAAAUGCAGAUUUCCACUACUAAUGGCAUAGUAUAGAAUCCACAUUAGUCUACUUUUUACGUAUGAAAACAUUGACUGAAUUGGAUUUUGGGGUGUACUAGCCUCGUGUACCACCCUCCUCUCCUUAAAUCAAACAGCAUAAUUUUCAUCCAAGAGUUCACUCUUGUAUUUAACCAUGUUGUCCCUUUUAUAAUUGCUUGUUUUCAAAAAGGCAACAUAUUAAAAUGUUCUCAAUGUGGACCCAGAGCCAAAUGAUUUAUUUCUUAUUCAUGAUUCUAUCAAAUCUUGGUGAUCAUAACACAUUAUCUGUAUUUGUUAUUUAAAUUAUUGAGGAGUUGUGCAUAUUUUCAAUGAUCUGGUGCUCUCACGAAGUACAUUCCCAUGGCAAUGUAAAAAGCCUCAAUGGUUUUAGAAAUUUGAGAAAUGUUCCAAGGAGAUGACUUGACUUUGCUGUGUUGGUCUGUAGCUCAGAUGAGAUGAGACCUUGGUUUGUUUGGCAUUCACAAUGUGAAGUUGUCUCGUCUGAUCUGUUGUCUUUGCUCUGUGUUGUAGGAGGAGGAUAAAAGACAACUGAGAGAAACAUCAAUGCAUCCUUCAAACUCUGAGAGAUAUGUUCACACCUUUAGAGAUCUCACAAAUGGAACCAUAAACGUCACAUAUCGUUACCUUGCUGGGACCCCUUUGCCUCGAAAGAGUGAGUGUAGAAUAGGAUUUAGCAUAGCAUGUAGUGUGUCAUUAAUUGGCUGUCAUUGAAAACUGUUUUAUUAACUAUGUCAAAUUAGACAAGAUAAAUAAUUUGUUAAAUACAAUUAUUAAUCAUACAUUUUUGGGUUCUAAAAUUAGAUGUCAGAGAUUAUAUAUUUUCUUUGAUCAUCAUGCAAGUGAUGAAUUUUUUAAGUAUUAUUUUAAUGUACAGUGAAAUGUUUGUGUUUACAGAAUAUCUAACCAUUGGGUUGUCGUCCGUCAAAAGAAAAAGAGGGAAUUACCUCAUGGAGACGAUUAAAUCAAUUUUUGACCAGUCCAGUUAUGAGGAACUGAAAGAGAUUGUGGUUGUGGUCCAUCUGGCAGACUUUGACCUGGCCUGGUGUGAAAACCUGGUGCAGGACAUCUCCAGGAAGUUUGCCCACCACAUCAUCGCUGGGCAUCUCCUGGUGAUCCAUGCCCCUGAGGAGUAUUAUCCAUCACUGAAUGGGCUGAAAAGGAACUACAAUGACCCAGAUGACAGGGUACGCUUCCGCUCCAAGCAGAACGUGGACUACGCCUUCCUCCUCAACUUCUGCACCAACCUCUCUGAUUUUUACAUGAUGCUGGAGGACGAUGUGCUCUGCUCACGGAACUUCUUAACAUCCCUGAAGAAGGUGGUCACCUCCAGGGAAGGCUCCUACUGGGUGAUGCUGGAGUUCUCCAAGCUUGGCUACAUAGGGAAGCUCUACCACUCAAGAGACCUUCCGCGCCUGGCCCACUUCCUGCUCAUGUUCUACCAGGAGAUGCCCUGUGAUUGGCUCCUUAUUCACUUCCGGGGCCUGCUGGCCCAGAAAGAUGUGAUCCGCUUCAAGCCCUCUCUAUUCCAGCACAUGGGCUACUACUCAUCAUAUAAGGGAGCAGAGAACAAGUUGAAGGAUGAUGACUUUGAAGAGGACUCUAUUGACGUCCCUGACAACCCUCCUGCCACCCUAUACACAAACAUUAAUGUAUUUGAAAACUAUGAUGCCACCAAGGCUUAUAGCAGUGUGGAUGAAUACUUUUGGGGGAAACCUCCCUCUACCGGAGACUUCUUUGUCAUAGUUUUUAACAAAUCAACUAAAAUAAGCAAAAUCAAAAUCUUGACAGGAACGGACGAUCGUCAGAAUGAUGUCCUGCACCAUGGAGCUCUGGAAGUAGGAGAGAAGCUGGUGGGGACAAAGAGAGGAAGGCAGUGUUCUUCCUACAUCACAUUAGGGGAGUUUAAAAAUGGCCACAUUGAGGUCCAAGACGUGGACCACAAGAUUGCCUUUGCCAUUGAGUGUGUUCGUAUUGUGGUGACUGCCAGUCAGAAAGAAUGGUUGAUUAUUAGGAGUAUAAGCUUGUGGACUACACAACCACCCAGUCAAUGA